AUGAAAGCCAGAAGAUCGGUUCAACAAAUGGUCGUGAUUGCGUGGAUUGUCUCGUUUGUCACCAGUGCGCCACAAGUUUACUUCUUGCCCCUCCUCGUGACCGUCGUUUGUUAUUCGUUGAUUUUGUGGCGAAUCUCGCAUAAAACUUGCUUUAAAUCAGAAACCGAGAAGGGUGGACUUUUGCGAAGAAAUGGUGGCGAUAAUUUGCAACGAGCAAGAUCGAGAACUUUGAGGAUGACUUUCGUCGUCGUUUUUGCUUUCCUUUUCUGCUGGACACCCUACGCAAUCAUCAUGUUUUUGCACUCACAACAAACAGCAAGAUUUAAUCAGAUCUUCAGAAUCCGCAACAGCUCCCGGAUCCGUAAACGCAGCCAAUCAGCCACAAACAUCAGCAAAGAGCCAAGUUUGUCAACGAGU